AUGAUCAAGGCUAUCAACGUAGCCAAGGGAAUAAAGACAAUAACGAAGCCGCAUCCUUGUACUCUCGAAGAUGUCAAGAAGCUGCUUCUCAUUUGGAUAAACGAGAAACAGUUGGCAGGUGAUACAGUCACCAAGGGCAUCAUUUGCGAGAAGGCAAGGGCCUUGUACAAUGGCCUGAAAACUAAGCUGCCAGGUCCAUCUGUAACAGACAAAAAGAGCUUCAAGAGGAGCCGUGGUUGGUUCAAGAACUUCAAGUGUCAUCUGGCAUGGGGAGGCUGCGAGCGCCGACAUCAAGGCAGCAGAGGUAUUCGUCAAAGAGUUCGAAAGGCUUGUGGUUUCCGAGUGUUAUGUGCCACAGCAAGUUUUCAAUUGCUACGAGACUGGGCUUUUUUGGAAGAAGAUGCCCAAGAGGACCUAUAUCACUGCUGA